AUGGGGUUGACUGGCGCAGUGCAAGCCCGGAGGGCUUUGGUGAAGUUGCUCCUCACAGUUGCUGCGGCGUACUCGGUUGUGGUUCGCCUCCACAGGGGCUCCCAGGACAGCGAGGUGAUCGCAGCCUUUCGAAAGGUGCUCCGCAAGGCGCACCCGGGCAAGGGCGGGGCAGACGAGCACGCGAAGCAGCUGAACGCCGCGAAGGAGCGUGGGGACCAGGCCAAGAAACCGAGGGGCCGCCCGAAACGCGCAGAGCAGCCCGAGGCGCCUGCAGGGGCGGCCGCUGCUGACGGCGCGCCUGGCGAAACCUUCCAGGAUCUGAUCGUCCGGGAGAUGCCAGUCGUCAGCGAGAUGCGGCAUCCCAAGGGCUUCAGCUUCCAGCAGGAGCGCAGGAUCGUACUUCUCCGCGAGGCCACCCAGAGCGACGGCAGCCACGUGGAGUGGUCGGAGAUCGCGAAGAAGGUGAAGAACCUCUUGGGCAAGAGGCCACGACCACGACACGUGGCGAGCACGUGCCGCCGGGCCACGGCGCGCCGCGGGCCCCUCAAGUACGAUUACAAAAAGUGCGGCAAGAAGCCGGACAAGGUGACAAAGGAGGUUGCGGUGCGCUACGUGCGCAAGGUCCUCUCGAAGAAGGGCUUUCGCUGGUUACCCAAGAGGCAGAAGCGGUUAUACUCCAAGGAUCAGAGGAAAGCCCGCCUGACGUUUGCGAAGAAGGUCCUGACGAUGACUUCGGCGGAGCUGAACACGGCUUUGGCAUGCGCCAUGGACGGCGUCAUCCUUGCGAUGCCCCCGAAGGACGAGACCGAGCGGAUGAACUUCUGCAGGCACGGGGAAGAGUACAUGUGGCGAAAGAACACGGAGGCAUUCACCCCGAAGCUCUCUGGCGACGACGAGUACGGUGGCCAGGUCCCACUGGCUCGGGCAGUGCCCAUGUGGGCCGGCUGCGCCGCGGGCGGGCUGUCCAUUGUCGCGUUCCCCCCCGCGAAGAAGCUCUGCGGCGAGGACUGGGCGAAGAUCGUGAACCGGGGCGACCUCGUGAAGGCCGUGAAGUCGGUGAACCCGAAGAGGAAGAAGGGCCCGUGGUCCGUCCUCUGCGACAACGAGUCUUUCUUGCGGGCGAAGGUCAGCAACGCCGCGGUGAAGGCGGCGGGGGUUAAGCUGUGGAAGAUGCCAGCAAAGUCCCCUGACUUGAACCCCGCAGAGCGGUGCUGGUCUUGGCUGCGUCGGAAGCUGCGGCUCAUGGACUUGGACGACGCCGUGAAGAAGCGGCCCGUGCUGGGGAAGACGGCGUACAGGGCGCGGGUUCGGAGCGUCGUGAAGAGCAAGAAGGCACAGUCCGUGGGGGCGGCGCAGGCGAAGCUGAUGAAGCGCGUCUGCAGGGAAGUGGUGCGCAAGAAGGGCGCGGCCACGGCGGACCAGCAUGUCUCAGGCGCGAAGCACUCCCCCAUCCAUCCGCUGCUGUCAGCUGCACUCCGGCCGGGCAGGGCCGUGGGCUGGUCACUGGAGAUACUGGCGCGGGCACCCACCCUCCUGCGGCUGUCAGCCGCCUCCCUGAAGCUAAUCGAGCUCCUGGCGGCUGUCAGCUGCCUUUCUCUGCCGGGCGCCUCUGGACUGCUGGCCACGCGCCACGUCCCCCCUGCCGCCCUGCUCGAGAGCCGGAGUCCAGAGACCAGCGUGGUCUACCUCCUCGACAACGACAAGCGAGAUGACCUGGCCCGGAUGCACCGCAUGUUCUCCCUGGUGGACAACGGCCUGAACCCCAUCGCGCAGGCCUUCCGCGCGUACGUCACCGACCGGGGAAACAAGAUCGUGGACGAGCGCGUGGAGCAGGCGAAGCAGAUGGCGUCGAAGUCGGAGGCGCUGGGCGACCCGUCCUUCAUCCAGACGCUCCUGGACCUCCACGAGCGCUUCAAGGGCAUCGUGCAGGAGUGCUUCUCGCAGGACUCGCUGUUCCAGAAGUCGCUGAAGGAGGCCUUCGAGGUGUUCAUCAACAGAGACAUCGGCAAGUACUCCUUCGCAGCUCUCAUGUCCUCGUUCUGCGAUAGGAUUCUCAAGAAGUCUGGCGAGCGGCUCUCCGACGACCAGGUUGAGAAGUUCCUCGAGAAAAUGG